AAGAACCCUUAUUGGAGUCGAAGGAAGAGGUUUUGUGUAGGCUUCUUGCUGGAGGUGAACCAGAGUUUCUCAAAAGAGCUCGAAAAGGAGACAGAGGAGGAGGAAGAAGAUGAUGAUGAAUCGAGUUGGCAUUGGGAGGGUUAGAGAUAGCGAGCUACCUCAUUCGACUCCAAUUAGGGUUCUCGUAUCCAUGGUGCAACAAUGCCAUCCCUCUUCCCACGGAAGAGCGCUAUGGCUGAGGCGCCCGUGGCAGUCGCGAUCGGAAGCGUCGUUACCCCUCGGCUUCAUCUUCAACCCCAAGGAUGAAGAGCUCAUUGUCCACUACCUCUGUGCCUACCCCGCCGGCCGGUGGGACCAUGUCGUCGAGGCCGAAGUCUACUCCACGAGGCCGUGGAGCCUCCUUGGUGACGACAGCAAAAUUGGGUAUUUCCUCACCAAGAGGACACGGCAUGGGAAUCGUGUGAAGCGCACUACCGGCGGGGGACAUGGACCAGCCAAACCAAGAAAAAAGAGAUCGUGUCCACCCGCAGUGAAGUCAUUGGCUUCAAAGCGAUGUUCUCGUUCUGUAUUGGUGGCGACGGCAACUGCUCCAAGAAACCAUCCAAGAAGACCACCGGAUAUGUAAUGUACGAAUACGAGUUGCCAUCGACGGCCAACAAGGGUACACACCAACAAGUAUGCACUGAUGAUCUCUUGCUUGCUUUUUUCUGAAGAUCACAUUCUCUUUAAUUUCGGGGCUUAAUAUGUUGAUUUAUAAACAGAGGCAUCGCAAGAACCGGUCUUGUACUGCAUCAAGAAGAGCGCACAAGAGAUCGCGAGGAGUCACAAGAGAAAGCUGGAGGAAGCGCCACACGCACCCGCAGCAGAAACCAAUAUUGCAACAUACAAUCACAACGUCAACAACAGGCCCGCCAUCCCACCCAGAUUUUCGAGGCCAGCCUGGAACACGACAACAGCAAUAGCAUUAGUUCAUGUAUUCUUGCUACUCCAGAGAGUGCUUUUUCUGAAUACGCUGACCCCACCACAUUUACUAAUGAGGCCCUAGCCCUUUUCGGCAUUCCUUCAUGUCUGUUUGCUACUGAUCGUAGUUCUGCACUAUUGUUGUACCUCUCUGCAGCAGCUUCGCCGGAAGGAGAUGCUGCGGAUGCCAUUAACCUUGUCUACGAUGGUUUCUGCUCAAGAUGACUAUGGCUGUUGAUCAGCAGCAACCAAUUCCAUAUCAUGGCGACGAUGU